AUGGAGUUGGAUGAUGUUAUGAAAGAGUUGAUUCAACACAAGGAAGAUUUGAAACUGUUAACAACAGAUGCUCAACUAUACAAGGCUGAUGAAAUAUGGGACAGACUGCUUGUAUUGAUAAUGGAGUUGAAACAACAUAACUGCAACUUUAAAGUUAUAGUGCCUCGCUUACAGAGUAUUGGACUGCAAGAUAUCACAGCCGAUUAUUUGGAGUAUAAUCGACCCAGUUUACAGGCGAUAAGAACAUGUACAGAGUUUUACAAGUAUAGACGCUGGAGGGAAGAGGAUGGAUUUGACAUCAAGCCUAUGGUCGAGAUUAUUGUUCAAGAGUCCGAUCAACAAGUGCUCACAUUGGCGAUUAACCUGUUCUCGACCGUUUGCAGUUAUAUUGACGAUGAAAAUUUUGGCAUCGUGUUGUCAAGACUUGUUUCACGACUGGAAUCAUCUAGUGGUUCAGUUGCUGUUGGGUUUAUCAAAAAUCUUGAAGCCAUGUAUCGGAAUAUUUGUCAUCAUGACCCAGUAAAAGCAGCGGGAUGCGGUGUCAUUUCAGCAAUAGUCAAUACGCUCAGGAGUGUCGAUCAAGCAGUGGUUGAUCAAAGUAUUGAAAUUAUCCAUAAUUUUUCCAGCUAUGUAAAUUGUGAAGUGACUUCAGCCGAGCUGAUAAGAUCGGGUUUGAUUCAAACGCUUAGCGACUUGUAUAUCAGAUACAGCGACAAUUCCAAACUAAGAACACGCAUAAUCAAGGUAGCAGGAACUGCUGCAUCCGAUAUGCGUGACUUUCCUGUAUCGCUUGUACGAUCGUUGGUUUUUGAGCAAUUGACGAUGUCAGUGUAUGAUGUUGAUAUGGGGAAUCUUUGUACAUAUGUUUGGUCAUAUCAAUGA